AUGGCGCCCAUGAUCCCCGGCGACAAAUACAAACCCUACACGCCUAUUGACCUGCCCAACCGAGCAUGGCCGGCGAAGGUUCCCACAAAGACGCCCAUCUGGACCUCGGUCGAUCUGCGCGAUGGCAACCAGGCCCUCAUCAACCCCAUGUCGGGCGAGCAGAAGCUCAAGUUCUACCAAAAGCUCGUCGAGGUCGGCUUCAAGGAGAUCGAGGUGGCCUUCCCCUCGGCCUCGGACACCGACUUUGGUUUCGUCCGUCACAUCAUCGAGAACAAUAUGAUCCCCGACGACGUCUACAUCCAGGUCCUCACUCCUGCCCGUGAAGAGCUCAUCCGACGUACCUUCGAGUCCAUCAAGGGCGCCAAGAACGUCAUCCUCCACAUGUACAACGCCUCCUCUCCGCUCUUCCGCAACGUCGUCUUCCAGAACUCGCAGGAGCAGACCGUCGAUCUGGCGGUGCGACACACCAAGAUUGUCCGCGAACUCGUCGACGAAUACUCGAAACCUGAAAACGGAGGCACCAACUUCAAGUACGAGUACUCGCCCGAGACUUUCACCCAGACCGAGAUGGACUUUGCCGUCACAAUCUGCGAGGAGGUGCGCAAAGCUUGGGGCAAGGCCAGCGCCGAGAACCCAAUCAUCUUCAACCUGCCCGCGACGGUCGAGGUGGGACCCCCGAACCACUAUGCCGACCAGAUCGAGUACUUCUGCACCAACAUCACCGACCGACCCUCGGUCAUCGUUUCGCUGCAUCCCCACAACGACCGCGGGUGUGCGGUGGCCGCGACGGAGCUGGGCAUGCUCGCCGGUGGAGAUCGUGUCGAGGGCUGCCUGUUCGGCAACGGCGAGAGGACUGGUAAUGUCGACAUUGUGACGCUGGCGCUCAACCUGUUCUCACAGGGCAUCCAGCCGGGCGAGCUCGACCUGUCGGACAUCCAGUCCGUCGUGGACGUCGUGAGCGGGUGCAAUGACAUCCCUGUCCACCCGCGACACCCGUAUGCCGGCGACCUCGUCUUCACCGCUUUCUCGGGCAGUCACCAGGAUGCGAUCAAGAAGGGCUUUGCUGCGCAGAACAAGCGCAUCGAGCAGGGCGACAACACGUGGGAGAUCCCCUACCUGCCCAUCGACCCUGUCGAUCUCGGGUGCACGUACGAGGCGGUCAUCCGUGUCAACUCGCAGUCGGGCAAGGGCGGAGUUGCUUAUCUUGUGGCGCAGAGCCUGGGACUGGACCUGCCACGCAGGAUGCAGGUCUCGUUCUACCAGGUCAUUCAGGAGGUCGCCGAUCGCACGGGCAAGGAGAUGACCUCGGAGGACAUCACGCGCAUCUUCACCCAGACGUACCAUCUUGCUUCGCUCGAGGCCGGUCGCAACGAAGGUCGUUUCGCCCUGCGUGGCUACUCGCUCUCGGACGACCUUUCGUCCUCCAUCACAUCCGAGGAUGGCGAUGGCGGUCUCUCGACUCCUCGUCUCCGUCGAUUCACCGGCAAAGUCCUGCACGGCGGCAAGUCGCACGAGCUCACCGGCACAGGCAACGGUGUUCUCUCGGCGUUCCUCGACGCCAUCGAAUCGACGUUCAGCAUCAAAGCCGAGAUCCGAGAGUACAGCGAGCACGCCAUCACCAAGUCGUCCUCCCUGCAGACGGGCUCCAACGGCAGUGGAAGCGGAAGCAAGGCCCAGGCGGCGAGUUACGUCGAGCUCGUUGACCCGGCGGAGAAGGACAAGGUCGGAGAGAAGAAGUGUGUAGGGUAUUGGGGCGUGGGUAUUGAUGUCGACAUCACCACGGCAAGUCUGAAGGCCGUGCUCUCCGCCAUUACCAACAUCAGCAAACCUGAAAAGGUCAUCGAAGAGGCAGUCGAGGUGGCCGCCAACGGCAAGAACUAG